CUGGCACACUACCGAUUGCUGAGUGUGUAUGUUUGGGUUUUGCAGCAAUCGAGGUUGAGUGUAGGGUUUUAACUGAGAGUGUCUGAUUAAAACAAUAAAAUAAAGUAAAAUGUGUAGCCAAGAACAGUCCCCAAAAGGAAGAGACAUUCCAGCAAUAAGGCGUGUAGUCCUUAAUGACGUCUCUCAACUGCCAGCCGAAUAUAGUUCCACCCCAGGGGGUACAUUAUUUUCAACAACACCCGGAGGUAAGAAGACAUGAUACAUAAAAAAAAUAAGACAGUAAUUUUAUACAAAGUCAAAGUAGGCCCAACCCAUGUCAGUUCGUUUUUAUUUACUGCAAUGCAUCCUCGACUUUUGCAGUGGUUUGCAAUUUAUUUUCAUAUUUUGCAAUUUAAAUCUCUUUUGAUGCAUUCAUUGCAAGCAUAUGGCAACCUGACAAGAUUUGUUUGACCGAUUUUUUUCCCUUUCCUAUGCAACAACAAAAAUAACCGAUAACCUAAAAAAAAAAAAAAGAAAAAUCAUCAAAAUGGCUGACUUCAUUGAAACUUUGACCAUGUGACUCUUCAAUACUGAUAUGAAAUAAGUUGAUAAAUGCAAAAUACUUUAAAUUAUGAUAUUCCAAUUAAUUUAUUGGCACAAAGGAAUUUUAUGAAGAACUAAUUAAAGAAAUAUAUGAUUUUAUUAAAAUUAAAAAUGGCUUGACUAGUCAUACAAUGAAGUGUGAAGGAAGGGGCAGAUCACUCUGGGCUUAUUUAUCAUUUCAUAAGUCGGCCUUUCUGGCAAAUUGAUUUAUUAGGCCAACUGUUAUUAUAAAAUUCAUUAAAAUUAAAAGGUCAAGAAAUAAUGGGCUAAAUAAUGUUAUUAAUUAUACCUAUAAUUAAUAACAUCAAUGACAGCAGUAACUUACGGCCUCUAAAGGAGGGCUAAUGUGAUAAUUUAAUUGUAACUGAUAUUUUAAAAUAGCAAACUCUCCCUCUCUCUUCUUCUAGGUACUUUGACACAAAAUUUAAAUAUUGCUCAAUUGCCAUGAAUGAUACAUCAUUUUAAAGGGCUAGCUAUAAGCUUUACAACAACACCAAUUUCAUCUUUCUAUCUUUAAUAGAAGUGGAGUUCUGAUUUUUUUUUGUGAUUUUUUUAAAACCCUCUUCUUUAUCUUUGUAUUUAACUGUGUCACUGUGAAAACGUGUGACCCACUUUCCAAAUUUCUGCCUUAUUUUGCCCAAAACUUUUUUAUUUUAAAAUUAAAAGAUAAUGCUACCAAAUUUUCAGGAGACAUUCUUAAUGCAACAUACAACACAAUGAACAAAAAAACUUUUAAAUAACAUCGACAUCAGUACUUUCUAUUUUAAAAUUUUUUAUUUAAAGGUAUGUUAAGUUAAGAAAAAUGUGAACAGAAAAAAUGGAAAAAUCAAUACCGAUACUAACAAAUAAAAAAAAACUUGUUUAUUGGAUUUUGAUUUGAACUAAUUAUAUGCUUGUGUUUAAUUUUAAAUAAAUUCUUAUACUUAUAAAAAGGUAAGUAGUUUUUUUUUUCUCUCUGCAUGUAAUGUAAUUAUUAAUUAUAAAUAAAAAUUACUCAAAACCAUUUUUUUAUCUACAUUCAAACAUGUCUCCUUGUUCUUUGAUGGAAGGAAUUCCAACCGAGCUCUGCAAUAGAAAAUUUUCUCUUUUAUCUGAAAAAAGCCUAGAAAAACAUCUUAAUAAUUUCAAUCAUAAUCCUGAAUAUACACAAUUUCUUUUUAAUAUAAAUUAUUAUUCACAUUAGACAUUAGUGAUGAUUAAAACUGGUUUCGUUUUUAUUUUAUUAACUCUAAUUCUAUGUCAUGUCAUUACCAGUACUUAACAAUAUUUUAAAUUUUAUGAUUAAAUACCUUAUUUAAUUUAAAAUUACUAUUUAAAUUUAGGUUUUAAUUGCAUUUGUUGUAAUUGAAAAGUAUUAGUUCAUUAUAGUAUUAAUAUUAAGCUUAACUACUAAUACCGGUGCCGGUAGUUCUCGGAUUUUUUUUUUUUUUUAUUAAAAAGCAAUUUCCCAUCAAUUUUAUAUUCAGAAUUUCAAUUUAUUUGUAUCAUCUUAUCAAUUUCUAUGAUUUUUAAUACUAACUUUUACUAAUUUGCUUAGAUUUAUUCAGAUGUUUAAAAGAUUACAAAAGUAUUAAACUAUUAUUGAAUAUUAUUUAGAGCCGCUUACAUCUCCCCGGUGAAGACAAAAAAAGUCGGCCAUUUUUUUUUCUUUUUCUUUCCGGUGAUGGGGUGUUGAUUUUACAUGUGGAGAGCGAUAACAUUCUCUGGAACGGGUUAAAUUGACUAAUUUAAAGUUAUUAGUAAUCCAAAUUAGAUGAUAAACAUGAGCUUUUGGGUUUUAAUCAUAUAUGAAUGCUCCAAAGAAGUUUUUAAGACACUUUCAACUUACAGAUACUGAAAAAGUGACACAGAAAAAAAACGGGGGUUCCACUCGUUGGGUAAAUUGUAUGAGCGUCACCGUAAGACAAAUAUUUAAUGUAAUCGAUAACAAAACAAAUGUAUAAUUAGAAAACUGUGACGUGGAACGCAAAAAUCCGAGUACACCAUAGAGCCGAUUAUGAAAUGGCCACAAAAGUUUUUCCGUGAUUUUUCGACUGCGCAGAAGGGAUGCGCGUGCGUCUUUUAAAAUACCUACUUCUGUCUUCUAUUCUUCCCACUCUGCCUUCCUCUUUAUAACUAAAAUGUAAAUGUAGUGUUUUCAGAAAAUCAUUUGAAUGGUCACUUGUUUCAUGAUUGUUUAUAUCUAUCAGCCACAGAAAGUUGUGUAUAACCACAAUCACAAUGAAUCUAUUUAGCUCUGCGCAAUGAUAGUUAGAAAUCUCGAAGCUGAUGAUCAUUGAGUAAUGUACUAUAUCCUUUUCCAAGCUUUUUACUUCCUCUCUAGCUAGCCUAGCAGAGUUAGUUUUGAAGGACUAAAUAAUAUGACUAGGAGAUACCAAAAUUGAAGAUGGUUUUAAAAAAGGCAGUGUCUACACGUCCAGCGCGCUGGACGUAUAUCUCCCGCACUAUGACGGCCGGAAGAAUUCUUUAUCUUCUUCGUUGCAUGAUCACCGUAACAAAGUUGCGAGAGAUAUCUGUACGUCACCCCAGCCUUGUCACGUGACCGUGAGCGAUUUUAAAAUCUUUCUCUCUACCAAGUAAUUUACUGAGUAUCUUGCAAACAAAUAAUAGAAAAAAAUACUUGGGUAAUUACUUAUACAAAGUGGCGGUUAAGCAAUAAUGCAUUCUAGAAGGAAGCAAUGCUAAUAGGGAGAGAGAAUUACGGUAAUGAAAAAUACAAAUGCUAAAAAAAUAAUAGUGAGGGUGAUAGAUAAUUACUUUUAAGGUUGGAAGACCGAUAGUUCACAAAGCUACAUCUUAAUAUAGGGCCGAUAUAGUGGUAGCCUAGCCUACUUCUCAUGCGAUACUAAAUACUAAUCCUGAAAUACAACUUUAUUGACAAAGGUCUAUCGAAGUCUACUGGUCUUAUUUUAUUUGGUCAUAUUUUAAAAUUAGGCUUCAAGGUAGAGCUUUACAAGUACUAGUACUUCUAGUUAGUAAAUAGGCCGACUAGUUUAAUAUUCAAAGUCAAACACUUUAUUUAUCUCGGAGCAUUUGAAUAUAUAAACAUUUUCAGUUUUCAGCAUUUAUUUAUUAUCUAGGGAUCGGAAUAUCAAAUGCAAUGCAACUAUUUUGCCGGCGACCACUUGUCACAUGACCUGCCGGAAUAAUAACGCCUACUAGUUGACUGGGGGUCAUGUGACAUGCCCGCUGGACAUAUAUUUUGCGCAGGACGUGUAGACACUUCAUUUUAAAAAACUUUGUUUACAUUUACUAAUUUUUAAAUUUUUUUUAAAAAUUCCAUUUGUAGGUACCCGCAUAGUAUAUGAUCGAUCUCGCCUGAUGCAGUUGCGCAACUCACCACUUGCUAGGAGUCCUCCCGCCAACAUGGCAAAGAUACCUGGCAUUACAGAUUUUGAUCCAGAAUCAUUACUGAAAGCAAAGGAUAAGGAGAAUGGGCCGAAAGAUGACAAAAAUCAACUAAAAGAGGGUAUGAUCAGAUAUUUAGAUUAACUAUUACACUUUAUGCAUUGAUAAUUUUUGUAUAUCUUUAAUAGGCAGCAUGACUGGAGAUUAAUAAUUUAGAUAAUUUGUCUAGUUGGUUUUUAUUCAUAAAUGCAUCAUUCAGUGAAGGAAAUUAAUUCACCUGGUUGAAAUGAAAUGUGCAUAUUUUUUUUUCAGACUGUAUAAUUGACAAUGUGAAAUGUUCAGUCAUAUAGCAUUUGUAAAUAUACUUGUGGUUUCGGGCUAUAUGUGCUUUUCAUUGCACGCUUCAAAGAAGACUGUAAUUAACUUGUACAUUGAAACCAAUGAUUGUAUUGUUAACCAAUAAUUAAAGAGGUAUCGGCAUGGUUUUUAUUUAAUAAGUUACAUGUGAAAUUGAUAACACAGUUUAUCUAAUUAUUUUGCUUUUACAGACUCAAAGUUUGGCCAUGAUGAGCAUCCUCAGUUUGAGAUGGACAUUUGAAUGUCAUCAAACACUCGGGCCACCUGUCUUUCGGUCAAUUGCUGUAUUCGUCCAACCGCAGUUAAUCAAAGUGCUCCAGGAAUCGCUGCAAGCAUCAUGUGUUUAGGCCUGGAUGUGUGGUAACAGACAAUUCUCACAGAGCAUGUCAGCUCUAACUAGGGCAGUGGCAUAUGUUGUGGAUGUUUUAACUAAACUUGUACCAGUUGUUUCUGGGGCAGGCUGUAAUAGAGGCACGCUCCGUAGAUGACAGGCGUGCUUUUUGUAUAAUUUGUGCAGUCAAUGAAAAUAACUAGGGAUAAAUUAUGGCCACAAUAUAAGUUUUUCUCAGUUUAGUCAAUGAUUCCUUCAAUGUUUAAUAUAACAGAAUAAAAGGUGUAGGAAUUUAAAAUCUUAUUUUGAGUACUUUUAAUGUUAAGUUUCAAUGAAAUUUAAUUCUAAUUUUUUGUGUUCAUUUUUAUUGUAGUUUCAAUUGAUAUUGAUACAUUGAAAAGGAAAUCUGAUAGCUUCAUCAUUGGCAGUUUUAUUUCAAGCGAGUCAAAUUUUUAAUCUUGUGCCAGUAAAGAUGUAAGUUGUUAAAUUCUUUAAUCAGGAGGAGCUACUCAGCACAUUUGCUCUAUAUCAUGUCCUGCGCCCUAAAGAUACUGCAGUAAAUGUCUUUUUUUUAAUUGCUUUUAUUGUGAAGUGAGAGCGUAAGGUACUUGCAGGUCGCUGAUAAGGACUAUCUUAGUUCUAUUGAAUAUUAAAUUGACAUAUAACUAUAAUGUAAACCUUUCUAAAUUACUUUUAUUAUGUUUUAUUUACCAUGCUUAUACGGUUAUGGAGGUUUAUAACUUUUCCGGCUUUCAUAUUUUAAACUGAAAUUUCUUGCAAGGUUUCUGGACCCCACUCUUGGCAGAAACCAUUCUAAUGACACUGGAGUCACCAAUCAUCAUUCAAAAUAAUCGGUUGAUUAGCCUUAUGUAGCUAAAUUCACCUUUUAAUUAUGGAUGUCACUUGUUUAAAUAAAGGGGAUUUCUACAGCAUUGGACAGUGGUCUGGGUUUUUAAAAAAAUGUAAUUAAGUUAAAGAAUACAGAAAUCUUCUGCAAUGUUAUUUGUAAUAAUUUUAAUCACAAAUGUUUAAUUUGUAUGUGUUUUUACAAUAUUAAGUUUGUGUGUGUGUGAUAUAACCACAUUCAUCUAUGCAUUAUAAUGAUAUUCUUCAUAGUAAACAAAAAUCUUUAAAUUGGUUAGGGGAGAGUACCGGGAUAUAGGGGAAAAGAUGUUUAAAACUUGGUGGUGGACCUUGGCUUAUUCUUGCCAAUAUUUUUUUUUUUUUCAGUAAUUAAAUAUGGAUACCAAUUUUUUUUAGCAGGCAGCUUAGUCUUGGGAAUGUUUCAGUUACCAUAUGUUAAUUUAAUGUUGACAUCCUUGUUGCAGCUUUGAGCGUUUUAUGAGUGGGCAUUGUAAAAAGAAAUUGCGUGUUAUUUUUUUAAAAAACAGCAUUUUUUAACAGGUAUUUUUUUUCAAUUUUUAUGAUGUAAAUCUGUUUGUUUUGUUGUUUAAAUUUUGACUAUCAGUCUGUGACAUUGUUAAAUGGGAACCUCAAAUGUUACCAAAGAAGUCCAUGAGAAGGCAUAAUACAAUUACAAAGCUAAAAGUCCCACUGCCAGAGCAGGCAUGAUUGUGUAGUGAUAGAGUGGGUCUUGUGUGAGGUGAACAUUGUUAUGGCUGUGAUGACACCUUCUACCAUCUGUUCCAGGGUGCCAACUCCCCCUCUGUUGAAAGCAAUCUCUUUCAGAGAUGCUACAUCUGUAGCAUAAGCGUGCAAUACUCCACAGUUGAAAUUAAAACUCUUGAGGUUCAUCAGUUCCCCAAACGGACAGUGGAGUUGGCCACUACUCCUUGACCAGCUUGGUGGAUGUGGAUCGAUCUUAACCGCUUGAAUGCCUUGAUCCGUUCGCCUGAGAGAUUAUGAUUCCCAAUGAUUGUUUUAUUAUGGCAAGCACAAGAUUGUAAUAAUGUCAUUUGUUAUGGGUUGUUUGUGCUCAUUUGAGAGCUGUCUUCAGAACUAUGUGGCCUUGUUUUAUUCAGAGAUAAAAUGGCAAUGUUUGAUUUUAGGGUGAAAUGUUGUAUUGCGAUGUCUUCAAAUUUAAUGUCAGAGUGUUCGACCUUUUAAAAAAAACAUUGUUUCUUUUCACAUUUGCUAAUUUCAUUGUGUAAGCAACAUCAGUUUUCUCAAAUCCUUCACAUCUAGUAGGUGGAUAGACCUCGGAAAUCCAUAUCUGCAUUUAUAUAAUACAAUUCUACUUGUUGAAAGAUUUUUAAAAAAUUAAAUUUUGGUUCAAUUAUGAACUGCAAGUUUUCUCAGCACUAUCCUUUACCAAUAGAGGCCUGAACCUGUUCUUACUGAAGUUUUGAUCCAAUCGCAGCGUGUCGUCUGGAUCCUUACAAUUACAGGAUAUUAACACCGCGGGAGCUUACACUUGUCAGCAAGACUAAAUCUUUUAAAAUUCUUUUUGAAUAAUCAUGCUUCUGCGUGUGACCACUGGAUCAGCUGACCAGGAGAAGUGUAACACAAGGGCACACCAACCUGUGAGUGACCACUGGAUCAGCUGACCAGGAGAAGUGUAACACAAGGGCACACCAACCUGUGAGUGACCACUGGAUCAGCUGACCAGGAGAAGUGUAACACAAGGGCACACCAACCUGUGAGUGUGUUUCUUGUAACAUUGUUCCUUAUUUGAUCAUAAAUGAACAGUUCUUACCUGGGAUUGGUUUAUAUAGAAAAAUACUUGAUGUUAAAAGAUUCAGUAUUCCUAAAUUACUUCUUAAAAGCUAUGUUUUACUAUGAAAUAUGAAACCUGCCUGGGAAUCAUUUUAUUUUCAAUGUCUUCUUAUUGUGACCUGGCUCCCCCCCCUCCCCCGUGUUCUAUAUGCCAAAUUUUUAUUUUUUUACACGAAUGAAAAAGAAAAAAAAAUAAUUUCCAAUUUGAUUAUUUUAUUAUGAAGCCCUUUUUUUUCCAGAUUGGUUUCUGUGACAUGUUUAGUUUGUUGGAGCCGUGUCUGUUUGGUUCAUAUAAUAUACAAAACUAAAGUUAAUGAAUCAUAAACUUUUACUUGUCUUUGCUAAUGUGGCCCUGUAUUUUACCAUUACAGUAUAGGGUCCUCAGUUUUACUCAUAAUAAACUACACAAAUUCUCAAG